AUGGUGGCUCACGAGUGCAUCGUCGACGUGCGUCCCUUCAAGGCGUCGGCCAACGUGACGGUGGAAGACGUGGCCAAAAGGCUCAUGGAUUACGGCUUUCAUGCGCCGACCAUGUCAUGGCCGGUGGCGGGCACGCUGAUGAUCGAACCGACGGAAAGCGAAUCACUCGAGGAGUUGGACCGUUUCUGUGACGCCAUGAUCGCCAUCGGCGAGGAGAUCCGGGAGAUCGAGACGGGUGCCGCGGACCCUCAAGACAACGUCCUGAAGAACGCCCCUCACAGCGUUUUCCACCUGUUGGCCGAAGAUUGGCCACACCCGUAUUCGCGCGAGAAGGCCGCGUUUCCGCGGGAGUGGGUGCGGCAGCGCAAGUUCUGGGUGCCCGUGGGCCGAGUGGACAAUGCCUACGGCGACAGGAACCUGAGUAACGUCAUGUUUGGCCUUGGUGUAUGGGAACUGCUGAUAAUCCUGGUGAUCAUUCUGGUGCUCUUCAGCCGGAGGCUUCCGGAGAUUGGCCAGGGGCUCGGCAAGGGGAUCAAGAGCUUUCGCAAGUCCCUCCACGACCCGGACGAGAUCGAUGUAACCGACAAGGAAGGCGAGGGCGAGGGUCCCAAGAAGGAGUGA